ACAUACAAAAUCUGAAAAAGCUACGGCAAAGCUCAAAAGCAGAAAGUGGAGCAGAGCAGUAGGCAAGAACAGUUCUUGUGUUGCGCAACUGGGUGUUUUGUGUGUGAAGCGAGCAUUAAUCAAAAAAAGUAGCCGACAUGUCGACAAUACACAGAAUAGUUUACGCGUUUGGACAUCGUACCCUACCCGCCGUGGCAGCUAAUAAAAUUCAAACGAAUCCAUUAAUACGCAAAAUGUCAGCAGCGUCAUCGACUUCGACAUCUGCCGUUUUAGCCACUGAAUCCUUUUCGAAAGGUUUAAUAAUAAUAAAUCGACCAAAAGCUUUAAAUGCAAUUAACUUAGAAAUGGUGCGUAAAAUCUAUAAACACUUGAGAAAGUGUGAGACCUCGAAAUCGUUGGUCAUUAUCAAGGGCACGGGUGAUAAGAGCUUUUGUGCCGGCGGUGAUGUACGUGCAAUAGUCGAACAAGGUCCAACGGAAGAAUCGAAGAGCUUUUUCCGUGAGGAAUAUACAACGAAUGCACUUAUUGGCAAUUAUAAAAUUCCUUAUAUUGCACUUAUCGAUGGUAUUGUGAUGGGCGGUGGUGUUGGUCUUUCAGUUCAUGGUAAAUAUCGUGUUGCAACGGAACGUACACUUUUUGCUAUGCCCGAAACAGCUAUUGGACUAUUUCCUGAUGUUGGUGGUUCUCAUUUUCUACCACGACUUGAAGGUAAAUUAGGUCUUUAUUUAGGUCUUACUGGACAACGUUUGAAGGGUGAUGAUGUACUGAAAGCUGGCGUUGCUACACAUUAUUGUGAAAGUGCCAAAUUAAGUAAAUUAGAACAAGAUUUAUUAAAUUGCGGUGAUUCUGAAGAAGUGCCUGAUAUAUUACAAAAAUAUCACAAACCAACAGCAAAAGAUUUUUUACUUAAACCACAUCUAGAACAAAUUAAUAAAUGCUUUACUGCAGAGUGCGUAGAGGAAAUUAUUGAAAAUCUUCAAAAAGAUGGCAGCGAAUGGGCUAAUAAAACUUUGGAGACCCUUGGCAAGAUGUCACCACUUGCGCUGAAAGUAACUUUCCAUCAAUUGGAAUUGGGUGGUAAACUAUCUUUAAUGCAAUGCUUGAAAAUGGAGUACAGAAUGGUAGUGCGUCACUUGCAGAAGAGCGAUUUCAAGGAAGGCGUACGUGCACUACUGAUUGACAAGGACCAAAAGCCAAAGUGGCUUAUACCAAGACUAGAAGAUAUUAGCGAUGAAUUUGUAUUAGAAUAUUUUAAAAAAUUACCCGACACCGAGGAGCUUAAAUUGUAAUUACCUUUGAAUCUUUGAAACUUUAAUCAACGCUUGGUCAGAGUUUUUGCAUCAAUGAGUUGAAGUUUUUAUUUUAAGAUUUGCAGCUUGAAAAUUGAAAUUUUGAACCCCAAAUUAUGGAAGCAAUUUGUAUACUAAAGCAAUUAAUUUUUUUUUUAUAAAAUUUAUUAACUAGAAUUAUCAAUAUAUGUAUAUUCACUAACAAGUAUGUAAGAUGUGCCUUAACUAAUUUUGUUAAAAAGCUAUUA